AAAAACUCUGAAAAGCAAUAUGUCAAAGGAUAGGAUUUUGGUAAACAAUCAAAGAAAAUUUUAAUUUUCUUACCAUUUUCUGGCCUAAAUGGAAGUGAAAAUGCAGCACAGGUCACGGGCACAUAUGUUCCAGAUACAGGUCAAAGCGCUGAUCAAAACGCUGAAAUGUCUACAGUCGGACGAUAAAUACCAGGCGCUGUUGUUUCUUAUCUCGGCCAUCAAGUUGUACGUCAAGUAUCUGUACAACGACUGCCAGGAGCGUCUCUACAGGCCAGCAAUACUCAAAGAGUUGAAUAAUAUCGAAAAUGUGAUUGUGGUGAACCUGCUAAAAUCGCGUAGCGCGGCAGCUUCAGGUUCGUCCUCGUCCAUAGCCACAGGCCGCACGACCCUGUCCUCGUACGACGGAGGCGAUGUUGCAGGCAAAGCCUGUCUUGACAUAAGCACUGCCACCAGCGUUCGCUGCACAGAUCUCUCCCUCAGUGGCGACGGUCUGCUGCUUAUGCACCCGCACCGCACCCAACCGCCACCAUUUGCCCCGUGGGAUCUUCGGGGGAAGCUGUUACGAGGCAGCAUCUUCGACGGAUUGCCACCAACCGACAGUGUACAACUAGGGACGAAAUUUAGCACUAAAGGUAGUUCUUUGCUAAAGGCGAGCCAUCGAAUUGCGCACGCCAAUCGGUGGUUAGGCAAUGUGCGGAUGAACCGAUCGCUGGUUCGCAUGAUUGCGAAUCAUGAUUUUAAGCUGCUGUUCAACAUGUUCGAACAAAGCAUCUUUCCGACGUGGAAGAUUUAUAAAAACGAACGAAUAUUUGUGCGGAAACGGCCCGCGCUAACCACGGUGACGGUUCGAACGUCGCUUCCCGCCAUCUGCUACGGCAGUGGAUCGUCACACUCACCACCCGCAACCUACAUCAAGAAGGAAGAGUUCGAUUUCGAUCCGCCGUAUUCGAUCGCCGACGAUCAUUGCUUCGAGGAGCUAAAGGAUGAGGACGACGAGGAUCUGAUGCUAAUGAAAGAGGACGAUUCGAUUAGUAAUUCGAACGAAAUCUUUUCGGAGGAAGAAUCGUCGACGAAUAACACCUCGUUGAUGCUUUCCUCCGACACUAACACGCUCGAUACAAACGAUUCGAGCAUGGUUUCGCAUGAGCGAAACAAGGAGCAAGUGUACCAGUGCUUACUAUGUGAUAAAAGCUAUAGGAAACGAAAAUCUCUUGUCAUCCACUUUAGUCACCAUCCGGGAUUCUGUCCCGAUUGUGGGAAGCAGCGCGGAGUCACGUCCGAGGAAAUCGUUGAACAUAAUCGGAUCUAUCACAAAAAUCGACCUCACAUAUGCGAACACUGCGGUGAAACGUUUACGCGAAAUCAACAGUAUCAGAUACACGUCCAGGGGCAUUUUAUAAGCAAGGACAGGGUUGCGGAACAAAACUGUAAAAAAACUCACAAAUACAGCUGUAAAACGUGCGGUAUCGUUUUUAACAACCAGAAAUAUCUCGAAAAGCACAUCCAGAAAACCAACCAUCAGGCGGAAGGUUUGGUGUGUGACAUUUGUGGUGCAAUAUUCUGUAACAGUAUCAAACUCAGCCAGCACGUUACUCGCACGCAUCACAACGUGUUUACUCAAAAAACUACCUUGGAAAGGAAUAUGCUACUGCAGGGAACUAGUGUUACGGACAAAGCCUACACCUGUGAGCAGUGUGGUGUCUCAUUUCUAUCACAACCCUCCUUGCGGGAGCAUAUAAAGCAUUCACACUCCGUUCCGGAAAACAAGUUUGAGUGUAACAUAUGCAACAAACUGUUUGCCGCCAAACGGUCCCUAAAACGCCAUAAACUUUGCCAUUCAGACGAGCGCGCUUUCCGCUGCACGGUGGAAAACUGCAAGGAAUCGUACAAAAACCAAUCGCACCUUGCCCGACACAUGAAGACUGCCCAUCACAUUGAUCCUCCCUCGAAACGAAUACAGAAAGCAAAAACCACACCCGCCAUUGCAACCGCCAGUACGCCUAGCUCGCUAGUCGAUCCAAGCCCUACAGAUUUGUUCACCCAUAGCGAUGGUGCCAUGUUGGGAGGAGGCUCAUGUGAUUCUCUCAAGGGGAUCGGUGGUGCGUUAAAGAAAUCGCUUGGAAGCAGUGAAAAAUCGCUUGGCGAUAGCAGUACCAACUUUAGCGAUAACAUGUCGUUCAACUAUGAAUUUUCCGAUACGGCGGCGGGAUCGUCGACACCGGCUAUUCCGUCGACGAUAGGUGCUAGCAGUGACGGAGGUUCUGGAAUGCUUGCCGGUAGCGGAUCGCUUACUGGUAGCCGCACAUCAGCACUAACCUGCACCGUAACUGGUCAGCCAGCAGGUGGGGCCUUUAACGAUCCCUCUCUCACAUUCGGAUCGAACAAACAGCAACAACAUCUCGGUGGAUGGCAAAAUCUGGAGUUUGCAUCGACUACGACGCAUCGAUCGUCGUCGCUUCCGGGAGUUGGUGGUAGCGGCGGUGGCACAGUGCAACCGAUGCAAGAUCCGCUUGCAACAACCGGCACUUUCAUAGAGAGUGCGCACCAUCAUCUACAAAAUCACAAUCUGCAGCACCAAACGCAUCACCAUGGAUCGGGCGGAAUCGCGAAUACGAUAGGCGGACCAGGGAGCAGUUUUAUGGGUACCAGUAACUUACCCGGCAAUACGAGGAGAUUCUCUCUUCCUGAGGCUAACUUUAUGUGCGAACACUGCGACGAAACUAAUUUUAUCAAUGCGCAGCAGUUCCAACUGCACGUACAGGAUCAUUUCGUCAGCAAGGAAGGCAAAGAACUCCCAGGCAAGAAACUGCUCCGAUUAAACUGUAAAACAUGUAAUUUGGUGUUUGCUACUGGAGCCCAGCUCGAUCGACACAUUCAGAAAACGAACCAUCACACAGAGAGCAUAGCGUGCGAGAUAUGUAGUGCAAUAUUCAAUUCUAAUUUAAAGGUUUACCAGCACAUGCUGAAAUGUCACAAGAAUGACGUUUGGUUUGCUUGUGAACAGUGUUCAAAGGUUUUCAUAUUGAAACAGGACUACGAUAAACAUCAGCUAGUACAUCAGACGGUAACGGACCGAUCUAUCAUUUGUGAGCAUUGUGCGUUGUCAUUCCUCACGCAGGAAGCGCUUAAAGAACAUAUCAAAAUAGCACAUUCGAUGGAUAAGAAAUACAAGUGCAACAUUUGCAAUAAGUUGUUUGCCGCCCGUCGGUCACUAAAACGCCAUAAAUUGUGCCACGAGGAAGAGGCAGCCUUCCGAUGUCCGAUCGACGGUUGUAAGGAAGCGUUCCGUACGGCGGCGAACCUGGCUAAACACAAAAAACUGUCCCACCCGCCUGGGCUCGCAACGAUUGCUGCAUCUCCGAGCAACGUGAUGGCACACGUUGACCCCAUCAUUGACAAAUCGGGAAUCGUUUCCGGCACAAAACUACCGCUGGGUGCGAUGGCGGCAGGAACGUCUACCGUCCCCGGUGGUAGCCUUGGGUUGAAAGGUAUCGAAAAAGUGGUCCACCAAGACCCGUCGGUUGCAGCAAUGCCACCGGGAGGCCCGAAUGUGAUGGGUCAGCUGAGUACGAAUCCAAUGAUGGCAUUGAAUCAGGGCGUUACGCUUAAAACGGACGGACGAUCAUCCGCUGGCGGUAUGAUGGUGCCACCGUCAAGAACAAGUAGCGCCGGAAGCAGCGCCGGGUUGGGUGGUGGUAAUAAUGGCAGCAGCGGACCGAAUAUUCCCUACAACCCGUACGAUGCUGGAGGAAUGAACUACAAUUCCGCGCUCGGUCCGUCGGGGUCUGGUGUAUCUACUGGCGGGCCACAUCAUUCGCAUCAUCCUCACCAUCAUCAUCAUAUGCAGCAGCAACAGCAGCAGCAACAACAGCAGCAGCAGCAGCAGCAGCAACAGCAGCAACAAUCUCAGCUGGUGCAGCACCACUCUCAAGCACACCCACAUCAUCAUGCUCAAUCUCAAUUUGUCGGAAUGGCCAGUCCUGUCAAUGCCGCAGGUCUCCACUACAAUGCUCGUAUUGGUGGAAGUGGUGGGGCCGCCGGGAAUCCGGAACAGCAAGCCGCCUCGAUGGGUUAUCGAUUGGGAGAAUCCGUGGGUACGAGCACAAAUGCAGCUGCGAAUACUGGCAAUAUUUCGUAUGGUUACAGCCAAUUGAAUAACGCUUUCGAUUGGCAAGGCAUGGAAAUCGCAAACGCCACCAACGCGGAAACGAAUUUGCCAGGCAGUGUUGCAGUUGGAUCCGCUGGUCCAACCCAGGGUUCAUCGAGCGGUGCAAUGAAAGGUGCGACCAACAACAAGUACUACAACGCAAUGCACGACGCUACUACCGCCGGGACAGUGGGUGUUGGUGUCUCGGCUGGUUUCCUUUCUCCGCAGCAAAUGCAGCAUCAAUCAUCGCAUCACGCUCAGCACAUGCAACACCAUGCACAGCAAUCUCAGCUUCAACAGCAGCAACAGCAGCAGCAGCAACAACAGCAACAGCAGCAUCUUUCACAUCACUCUCAUCACACACAGGCAGCUGGAUUGCAAAGUAAACCCAUGCAAGAACAACAUUCUCAUUCGCAACAGCAGCAUAUGAUGAACAUGAACAGUCAGGACAUGAUGGGAUAUCAGGACAUGUGGAACGCCAAUAUGAUGAAAAUGGAAUUUCAAGAAGAUGCAGGCAAUGCAAAUACUGGCAACAAUGGUGCUUACAACAAUUUAGGCAAUAUAUUGAACAACUUAGAAAUGAUGGGUGCAACGUCCGGCACUUUUGAGCAACAGCAAUCGCAACAGCAGCAACAACAAGGCUACGAUAUGAUAGCUACUCCUCGCACAAGCUCAGACUCGCAUCAACCAUCUAGGGGCCAGAGCGUACAAUCGCCAGCCCUAACACCGCAGCAAGUACAACAUCACCAUCACCAUCAGCACCAACAACAGCAACAGCAGCAGCAGCAACUGCAACAUCAUCAACAACAGCCUCAUACGAAAAGUAACCACUUCAAACAGCAGCAUCCAUCACAUGCCCAUAGCCAGAUGCUUCCUGUAGUAGAACCGGGACAAAUGAUGAAUCAGCAUCAUCACCAGCAGCAACUGCAUCACCAUCAGCAACAAUACUUUCAGGACCAUCACGGUACCCAUCAACAGAUACCCCAGCAGCAGCAGCAACAGGCUGGCGCUCCCACUCUGGCAACGAUGCCCCAUUCAAAGUCCCUUGAUCAUUAUCAGGACGCGAAUAGUGCCGCUGCUGCUGCUGCUUCUGCCAUGUACGGCAUGAACAUGUACAUGCAAAGACACUCGAUCGACCAACCCUUUCACUACACGCUAGCAACGCCGUACGGUGGGGGACAGCCGGCAGUAUCGUCGGCAGCCGCCAUGUCCUCCACCUACGAGGGAACCCUGGACGGAAUGAUGACGUGUGCUAUUGCUGGCGGCGACAGCAACGCGCCCGGUGGCGGAGGUGGCAGCUCUGGCGUAAACUGCAACAGUAACAAUCAUGCUUAUAACAAUGUUCCAGGCAGCGGACGCUACCCAGCGAUGCAGUACGCUGGCAACCCAAACUUUCCGAUGGGGAUUCCGCCCGGACCGAUGUUCAUGAACGGUGGAGGCCCGGCUAUUAUGAGUGGAAUGAAACAUCAUCAGAACGGUUUGCUGGAUGGAUGCGGUUCGUACCGCCUUUCGGCCAUGAACCAAGGGUACCCUGCAAUCCGCAACUUCAACGGUAUGCUGGCGUAUCCCUACGGCGAUCCAGCUAUGGCGGAAGCGUCAAUGUACGGUGGUUCCACCAUGGCAGCCGCUGCCACGCAGACUUCAGGCUAUGCAGGCACGCCGGCCCAACCGGGUGCUUCGAUUUUAAGCAACAAAAAGAAAGCCUACGAUGACUACGAUGUGGUGUCCAGUAUGCGCCGGAGUAACGACACCCUGCAACGGACCACUGGAGGAUGUGCCAAAAAACUGGACCGGUAUCAUAAGAAUGCUGAGCUGCUAAUUGAUUACGAGAGUGACAUGUUGCCCGAAGCGUUGGCCGAAAGGAACCACAAGGAGCAGCAACAGCAGCAGCAGCACCAUCACCAUCAUCACCAUCUGCAUCAUCAGACGUCACGGAACUCGCGGCAGUCGGAUUUCGAUAGCUACGAGGAGGAGCAGAUGCAGCGCGAACAAGAGCAAAGCAACAAUGUGAGCCGACGAAUUUCAAGCAAAAACCAGGACGGAUUCGGAUGCUUUGAAUCGUGGAACUAUGUGUACCAAAACCUAGAGAAACAGGGCUACACCAAGGAUUUGGGCGAACGAGGUGAUUUUUUGGUUGACGAGAUGGAUGAUGGUGUCGGUAACCGGGCCGGUAUGGCCGACGAUGGUGAGGACACUCGGCAGCGGCGUCAGGAGACACAAAAUCGUUCGGGAAGGGCAAGGGAAUCGUCGAGCCAUUCGACGACUCUGCGCCGUAAUCACAACGACAAGCUAAAAGCCAUGAAGCCAAAAGCCGCCGACAAAGUGGAUGGAAUUGUACGGCAAUCGUCUACUGGCGUUUCAUCUUCGAAGCAACAGGCCACUGAAACGCGCCGUCACGAACGGCACGCUUCCUCUGGUGGUGGUUCUACAGGGACCGCAUCCAUGGUACAGAAGAUUGGCAAAAUGUCCUUGUCCCAGGCGGCCGCCAAUGAGCUGCUAGGAUUUGAGCAGAAUGGUGAUGGUCGAAGGAAUGCGGUGCAAAAAAGACAAGUAACACCCCAAGGUUCUGGAUCAUCGUCAUCAGCGGCCGCCGGUGCAUCUCUCAAGGACACCACCAAGCAGACCACCACUCUGGGCAUUUUGGUCAACAACGCUGGCAACGUGUACCAGAGCAACAACAGCAGCGUAGCUGCAGCGCCGGGAAAAAAGAAAACGACCACCUUCGACACUGGCGGGGUAACGAUAAUCAACCCCAGCCCAACAACCGGCGGCGGUCUCGGGGAAGUAACGCAAACGGGUGGCGAAUGGAAUUGCAAUUUCUGUACCUUCUUGAACCCGGAUGUAAAACGCAUCUGUGAUAUGUGCUCCAAGAGCCGAGACUUCCGGCUCGAUGGAACAACAGCCACCAGCAAUGGGACUACGGCUACCUGCGUUUAAAAUGCGUCUCCCCGUACGAUGAUGAGCU